AUGUCGGGCACUCAUAGCAAGGAGGACUUCUUUGUCUCUCUGGAGCAACUCGAUGACUCGGAUGACCAGGACGAGGAAUACAAUGAAUGGGAGCGUCUAUUGUAUUGGGCCAAAUAUAAGGCACCUGACAAGGUCGCGCCUGCUCCAGUUGCAGAACGAAUCUCGCUUUCUCGGGCACACUCAGACCCGCAACCUUCUUCUCGUACUCAUCAGUAUAAAACGAGCACAUUGCCAGAUGACCCGAAGCCUGCUCCUCUGAUCCGUCAUAAGACGACUGGAGCUAUGCCUACCACCAAGAGUGGUGGUCCUCCCCAGAAGAAGAGAAGAACCAACAGCGCGAAGAUCGUACCGGAGGGCCAGAAAAUCUUCAAAGACUUGGUCUUUUUUUUCUUCCCCAACAACGAUGUCUCCCCAUUUCGACGGCUCCGGAUACAACGAGCCCAAGAAUACGGGGCCCAAUGGAGUCGAGCAUGGGCAAAGACCGUCACGCAUGUGAUCGUUGACAAAGACUUACUUUUGAACGAUCUUCUGGGUUAUAUCAAGCUUGAGACCUUGCCAGCGAGCGUGGUUCUGGUGAACGAGUCCUACCCUUCGGACUGCAUCCAAUUUCGGUCGGUAUUGAACCCUUCACAGCUCCGUUUCAGGGUCCAGGAAGCCCCGAAACCCACCGAAGAGGAGAAGAAUGGAAAGAAACAGGAGCAGCUACCCUUAGUGGUGGAGUCGAUCUCGCACAAUGACCUGCCGUUGAAGCUCUCACGACGGGAGCAAGCCCUGUGUCCGGAGUCUUCCCAGCCUUCAGUCGAGGAAGAUUUAUCAGCAGCGACAACUGAGCCUGCGGAAGAAUUCGCUAGCGAAGAGGGGGAUAGCAGAAUCAUCCGAGAGCGGGAUGCCUUGGAUGAUAUGAUUGACCAGGCCAAGGCAACAAGUCAUCUGCCCUUGGACCCGCUAGAGUCGCCGGACCAUACUGCCACAACAUCCGAUGAUGGAAUCUCCGGCGCCUCAGAAUUAGGCUCGGAAACACUGCCGCAGAAAGCGCUUCAGCAAAAGGGCAAAGCUGAUUGGACAAAGAACUUCUCGUGCAUGCAGAAGUAUGAUCCAGACGGGAAGCUGGACAAUCCAAAUAGCCGAACUAUAGAAGUCCUUCAACAGAUGCUGGACUACUAUACCCAAACGGCAGACCAUUGGCGGGUACUCGGCUAUCGCAAGGCAAUCAUUGCGUUGCGAAAGCAGCGAAAAAAGAUUUCUACAAAAGUACAGGCGCGGGCCCUCCCUGGCAUUGGGGAGCGAAUAGCCGACAAGAUCGAAGAGAUCGUCUUGACCAACCGUCUUCGUCGUUUGGAACAUACAAAUGAUACCCCAGAAGACCGACUCAUCCAAGAAUUCCUCGGCGUCUAUGGCGCCGGUCUCAUUCAGGCCUCCAAAUGGGUGGCGCAGGGCUAUAAAUCUUUAGCUGAUUUGCUAGAAAAGGCCCCUUUGAGCAAGCAGCAACGCAUCGGGGUAGAGCGUUACAAUGACUUUGCACAGCGCAUCCCUCGCAAGGAGGUGGAAGCCCAUGGCGCGAUUGUACGAAAGGCGGUGCAAAUCGAAGACAGGGAUAUGCAGGUGAUCAUCUCAGGCUCUUACCGCCGCGGGGCAGCAACCUGCGGGGACAUCGACUGCCUGAUAACCAAGCCUGGUGCCACGUUGGACCAAAUCCGCUCGAUCAUGCUUGGGCUUGUGGUUCCCAAAUUGUUCCGCAGUGGGUUUCUGCGGGCCAGCCUUACCCUUUCGUCGCAUCAGGACGGGUCCAAAUGGCACGGUGCAUCAACUAUACCUGGCAGCAACUUGUGGCGUCGGAUCGAUCUGCUGUUUGUCCCUGAUGCCGAGAUAGGGGCGGCCUUGCUGUACUUCACAGGCAAUGACAUCUUCAACCGGAGCAUGAGAUUGUUGGCACGGAAGAAGGGCAUGUGCUUGAACCAGAAGGGGCUCUUUACUAACGUUCUUAGAACACAGCAGGUCAAGCUUAACGCGGGUCGAUUGGUUGAGGCUCGAAACGAGCGCCGGAUUUUUGUUGCGCUGGGUGUACCCUGGCGGCCUCCCGAGCACCGGAUCUGUUGA